AUGUGGUUGAACCAACAAAUCAUUAACGAAAAAGUGCAUCUUAAAACAAAAAUUCACAAUUAAAUAAGAAAAUAAUCUAAUUCGACAUAGAUAUGAUAUUAAAAUAAUAUUUUCUGAAGAAAAAAAUUACUCAAAAUUUGUAAAAAAAAAUCCAGUUGAGAAAUAGAUAGAAAGUGCAGAUUAAAAUUUGGACUUAUAGACUUUAAAUAUCAUUUCCUCAAAUUUUUGUGCGUGAGCUGACGAAAUAACCAGAAGUAUCCACAUUAGAAUGAAAAAAACUUGUUCACUGUUUUCAAUAAAGCAAAAGAAGAAAAACUUUCUUGCAUUGUGCAUUAGAUCGUGUAUUCUAAUAGCGAUUCCAUUGCUUUAUUUUGUUUCAUCGAACAAUUUUGAUGGAAACCAUAACCACGUCGCUCAAGAAGGUGCUGUUUAUCGAUCUCGGAAUAUUCUCGGGCUAUUGAACACAGAUGAACCACUAACACAAACCGAAUCGACCUCAACCAUAGAACAUCCAUUGGAUAGUACGCAGCAUGAGCAAAAAAAUUGUACAGAAGCAGCUAUUUUGGAAUUGCCUUCCGACGGAUUCACUCGUGAUGAAAGGAAACAUGGGUGGAUAAUUAUUCACAUUUUGCUAGCAUGCUAUUGCUUCUGGUUUUUGGCAUCGAUAUGUGAUGAUUAUUUUGUGCCAUCUAUUCAAUCGAUUUGCAGCGGCUUCAAUUUGAAUGAAGAUGUAGUUGGUGCAACGUUUAUGGCAGCCGCGGCCAGUUCCCCAGAAUUGUUUAUUAAUUGUGUGGGAACGUUCAUCACAAAAAGUGAUCUUGGCGUAGGAACAAUCGUUGGGUCUGCUGUUUUUAAUGUACUUGCAGUCCCUGCCUGUUGCGGAUUGUUUGCCGGUCAAGUUGUAUUUUUGGAUUGGUGGCCAGUCAGUCGAGACAGUUUAAUGUAUGGUAUAUCCGUUGUUGCACUCAUUAUAACACUAGAAGAUGGCAAAGUUAUGUGGUAUGAAGCUCUUGCACUUGUACUUGCCUAUGUCAUUUACAUUGCAGUGAUGUACUGGAAUAAUACAAUGUCGCAUAAGGCUCGAACUUUGGUCGCAAAAUUGCGUCGACAAUCCCGUGUUCGGCCAUAUCGUGAAACCGCCGAAAUCACACCAUUAUUACAAAAUGAGCACAAACAAAAUGGAAAAUCAUCGAUUAUCAAUAUCAGCAAUAACUUAUAUCCAAUCUUAGAAGUGUACGAAGAUUAUGCCGAUACACCGUACAAAGUUCCGCAUGACACAAAUUGUUUUAUAUACAUUUUAAAGUGGCCACUUAUAUUUGUGUUAUGGCUUACGGUGCCUGACUGCAGAAAACAUCCAAAAUUAACAAUGUUAACGUUUUUCUUCUGCAUCGCUUGGAUUGGUCUUGCAUCAUACGCUGUUGCCUGCAUGAUAACAAUUGUUGGUGACACGGCAAAUGUGCCAGAUUCUGUCAUGGGACUCACGUUUUUAGCAGCUGGAACCAGUUUACCGGAAGCCGUUUCAAGUGUAAUCGUUACAAAUCAAGGGCACGGUUCAAUGGGCAUAAGUAGUUCAAUUUCAUCGAACACCUUUGAUAUUCUUCUUUGUUUGGGCAUUCCAUGGUUCAUUAAGGCAUACUUUGAUCCUGACGUGACCGGUGAAAAUUGGAUUACUCUCAACUCAAGUGGCAUUACUUACUCGGCAUUAUCACUUUUGUCAACUCUUAUUGGAUUGUAUGUAGCGUUUGUGAUAAACAAAUUCAAAUUGGAUUGGAAAAUCGGCGUUACAUGUUUAGUUAUGUAUUUGGCAUUCCUUGCGCUUGCCAGCUUAAUUGAACUCAACGUUUUCUUUCCAGUUAACUUACCUACAUGUCCACACUAGUUUAAAUUGGUUUUUCGUCAUAGUUCUUUUAGGAUUAAGCCAUAAUAAUAAAAGCACUUCAAUUUAAUCAUAA